AUGAAGGAGGCAAAGAAAAUGGUGGCAGGCACCCCAGGUGGGCCUGAGGAGCAGACGCCGCUGCCGUUACCGUGCUACCGUCGGUGCUGGGCACAGCCGGGGGCAGCGCGAGGGGAGACAGCCAGAGGGUGGCCAGAGGGUUCCCCGGGCCGGGCAGCUGCCCAGCCCCGGCCCAAAGAGGGCCCCGACAGUAAGUACCGCCCUCCGAGCAGCCGGGUUGGAGAUCGCCUAGGAAAGGACCAGAAAGGAACCCUUCGGAUCGACAGGCCACCCGCGUGCCUCUUCGCGGAGCCACUCGCUAUGAAACUGGAAGACAAGAUGCGCGGGGCUGAGGGUUUGGAUGCCGCUGGAAAAGUGGCAGCCCAUGUGAUGCAGAAAGAGAACACAAAUGAUAUGGAAUGUGAGCAGCUGCCGGCAGAGACGCUGCGACAAGUGGCCAUUCACCGGGACCCUAUCUAUGGCUUUGGCUUCGUGGCUGGCAGUGAGAGGCCUGUGGUGGUGCGAUCUGUGAGGCCAGGAGGCCCCUCUGAGGACAAGCUCCUGGCUGGUGACCAGAUUGUGGCUAUUAAUGAGGAGGACGUGAGUGAAGCCCCCAGGGAGAGGUUCAUAGAACUCAUCAGGAGCGCUAAGGAAUUCAUCGUUCUUACAGUUCUGCACACUCAUCAGUCCCCCAAAUCUGCCUUCAUCAGUGCGGCAAAGAAGGCCAAGCUGAGAUCCAAUCCUGUGAAGGUCCGAUUUUCCGAGCAGGUGGCAGUUGGAGAAACAGAUGCAAAAAUGAUGAAGAAAGAAGCUCUCCUCCUCAUCCCCAAUGUCCUGAAGGUUUUCUUAGAAAAUGGGCAGAUCAAAUCGUUCACAUUUGAUGGCCGGACUACUGUUAAGGAUGUGAUGGUGACAUUACAGGACCGGCUUUCCCUGAGGUACAUUGAGCACUUUGCUCUUGUCCUUGAGUAUGCCGGACCAGAACAGAACCACAAGUUCCUGCUUCUCCAGGACAAGCAGCCCCUGGCUUAUGUAGUGCAGCGGACACACUAUCAUGGAAUGAAAUGCCUCUUCCGGAUAAGCUUCUUUCCCAAAGACCCCGUGGAGCUGCUGCGUCGGGAUCCUGCUGCUUUCGAGUACCUGUACAUCCAGAGUCGGAACGAUGUCAUCCGAGAACGCUUUGGAAUGGACCCCAAGCCGGAGAUGCUUUUGGGCCUUGCUGCCCUCCACAUCUAUAUCACUGUCUCAGCUACUCGACCUAGUCAGAAGAUCUCACUCAAGAAUGUGGAGAAGGAGUGGGGCCUGGAACCCUUUCUUCCCCCCUCCCUCCUACAGGGCAUCAAAGAAAAGACCCUCCGGAAAUCUCUCUCUCAGCAGCUGAAGGCACACCAAACACAUCCUUCCAGUGGCACCAAGGGCUCUGCAAUUCAGGCCAAACUCCAGUAUCUUCGAAUUCUGAAUGAACUUCCAACGUUCACGGGCGUUUUGUUCAACACUGUGGGCCUGGAUGAGAAGCAGUCAGCCACCACCCUCCUGGUGGGACCCCGUCACGGCAUCAGCCAUGUUAUUGACCUCAAAACCAACCUCACCACUGUGCUGUCCGAGUUCAGCAAGAUCAGCAAGAUCCAGCUGUUCCGGGAGAACCAGGGUGUGGCCCGGGUGGAGACCAGCAUCAUGGAUGCCAAGCCUCUGGUGCUGUUGAUGGAGUGGCCCGAAGCCACCAACUUUGCCUGCCUGAUUGCGGGCUACUGCCGCCUCCUGCUGGAUUCCAAGAAGAUGGUCUUCUCCAGGCCCGCCAGCCAGCCUCUUCCACCUCCAAUGAUCAAGGCAG